GAGGAGGACCAGCAGGAGGAGGAGGACGAGGAGAUAUCGCGAGGACCGGCGUCGGCACCGAAGCGUUAACAGGGGGACCAGACUCUGAUAGGAGGGACGCAGCCUGAAAACACCUUACAUUUAUCCUCCAAAAACAAAUAAAUUGUAUAUUACCACCGAUCAGUGCGGCCGAUAUCGCUCUUUAAAAAUCUGCGUUAAAUGGGGAUUGUCCGUAGCAUACAGUUCGGAGACCUUGCUUUGUAGGUUGCAUCCUUGGAGAGAGGAGGCUCGGGAGAAAGUACGAGAAUAUUGGAUUACAGCAAUCAGUGGAAUAAGUCCAGAUUCCUCCAUGGCCGAAAACAACUUUCCCCCCUUGCCUCGCUUCAUUCCUUUGAAGCCAUGCUUCUAUCAGGACUUCAAUGAAAUCCCAGACCAGCAUCGCACCAUGUGCAAGAGGCUGUACUACCUCUGGAUCCUGAACAGCGCCACGUUGGCAGUGAAUCUGAUUGGCUGCCUGGCGUGGAUGUGCGGCGGAGGCGGGGCUACUAACUUUGGCAUGGCCAUCCUCUGGCUCAUCCUGUUCACGCCCUGCUCUUACGUCUGUUGGUUUCGGCCUAUCUACAAAGCCUUCAAGACGGACAGCUCCUUCAACUUCAUGGCGUUCUUCUUCGUCUUCAUGGCCCAGGUGGUCAUCAGCAUCAUCCAGACUGUGGGAAUCCCAGGCUGGGGGGUGUGCGGCUGGCUCGCCACCAUCACCUUCUUCAGCACCAACAUCGGCUCGGCCGUGGUCAUGCUGAUCCCCACCAUCAUGUUCACGGCGGUGGCCGUGCUCUCCUUCAUCGCCCUGACCAGGGUGCACAACUACUACCGGGGCACAGGCGGCAGCAUGAGCAAAGCGCAGCAGGAAUGGGCUACCGGAGCCUGGAAGAACCCCCAUGUGCAGCAGGCGGCGCAACAGGCGGCUAUGGGGGCUGCGCAGGGGGCCAUGCACCAGCAGGCCCCGGAGUACUGAGGCGCUGGGGGGGGGGAUUGGGGGCGGGACUCGGGGGUCAGCUCUGCUGCGAGGUCCCACAAAAAGGAGUGUUUCUGAUAUUUUUUAACACCCCCUUUAAAUGUGUGCUUCCUAUGCUUAUUUUUAGCCCCGUUGCUGAAUUUACCACUGAAAUUGUACCGAACUGCUCUCACGGGGUGUUUCCGGUUCGGGGGGGGGGGCACUCUCCCGUGGCCCCUGCUUCCUUAGCUUGCUCUGAUGGGGCCCCGAGAAGUGGGUCUGUGGUCCCGGCAGACUCUUGUUGCUUCUCAGAAGUUAGGCACACGGUUCACAAGAUGCUGCUACAUAAUUUUGAUCCGUAUACUUUGAGGCACAUAUAAAGCAGACCCUACAGAUAGUGUAUCAUUGUUACAGGUAGACACAGUGCAUCAUUAUUAAGGUGUGAAUUUACUACUGAACACUAUAAUAAUCUAUUAGAAUAUAGAUUAUACAUGUAUAAUCUAACAACUCAAAGUCUAAUUGUUACUAUAAGACCACAGUGGUCAGUUUCACUGUGUUUUUCUUUAUCACACUGUAGAUGGCAGCAUUGUACACAUUUCCCCAAUUGCACUCCAUUUUUAAAAACUUAACUAGCAUUGUGGAGUAUUAGAAGGGACUGAUGUUGAUGAAUAAGGAAAAGCAAUAACAACUCUUGUGCACAACUGAGGUAAAUCACCUCGCAUUUUAAUCUUCCUGCCAUUUAGUAGAGAGUUUCUGUGAGAUUAGGUUAUAACUGCCAAUCAGGCGUGCGGGUAGACUUACCAGUCUGUCAUUAGACCUUUAUUAGUAGUGACUGGAAUUAUUUUUGUUCAGUUUAAAUUUACAUCCCCUCUGGAAUUCUUUAGGCUGCAGCAGUAAUACUACUUUGGUGACUUUUAAAAAAUAUCAGGAACCAAAACUUUUUGUAUCUCUGUAUUUUCCUGAAAUACACGCAGUCUAAAAUAGCUGCAGUUUGGAGCUCUGUAUAUGUAUAUGUAUGUGUGUGUGUGUGUGUGUGUUUGUGUGAAAACAGCACAAUGAGUUUAUUCCUGCCUUUCGAAAAGAAAAUGUAAAGUUUCACUUUGCGUUUGUUGUUGUAAAAUGGACUGAACAUUUACCUCAUUUCCUUUUAUUUGUCUGUAUUUUGGGGGAAUUUACUGCCUUAAGGAUGUAGCUGUGAUAGUGAUGCUAGCUGAAUUCGUUCUACUUGCUCCACACUCCUAUAAGUAUGUGUAUUUUGUGAUAGGUAGAUGUAAGAAGCUUUGCUUGCAGACGUAGACGUGGUUGGGUUGGAGGCUAACCAGUUGGCUGUUCCUCUGGGUAAAUAUGUCGCCUUGUAGUGCUUGUACUGAUAACUGACUGUGUCUCCAUCCUUUCCAUCCCGUGAUGAACAGUACUUCAGUGCUAUUGCAAUGUUUUACAUGAAAUCCCAAAGCGUGCCUGGAAGACUUGGUGGUGUUUUGUUGGUUAAAUCAUGGAUAAACAGGGUUUCUGCCUUAGGUCAGAUUCCAGGCAUCCUCAGGCUGUAGCACGGCGAAUAUAAACUGCUCAAAGUGGCAGGAGAACAACCCAAAAGCGUAUCUACCUUACAGGAGUGUAAAAGCUGCCCCUGCUGGUAGCAGGCUUUCCCUGAGCACUGAUAAAUGAGACAUUCCAGGGAGGGAGGAGCGAGCUGCGAUCCACACAGAGCUAAUCAGGCUAACUUAGCGCAGCACACGGAGUUGGCUGGUAUCCCUUUUCUCAUCUCCACUCCUCACAGCAAAGUUUUACAAAGCAAAACAGUAUCUGUAGUUUUUUUUUAGCAUUUGUUGAAGAAAGUAAAAGUGAAAACAUUCCAUGAGCAUAGUACUUUCAUGAGAAGAUUAAUGUUACACAUUUGUAAAAUUCUGUACAAAAAAAAAUCCCUCAGGAGAUCUUCAGCUCAGCUUAGCUCAUCACUGACCUGCUUGUUUCUGACACUAUUAGUCUCUGUCAGAACCAACAAGGGUUCUGAUAGUGGAUAGAACACAAAGAGCACAUGUGGCAUUCUCUGGGACUAAGAUCUGAGCAGAAAGAAGGGCAGAGAGAGCAGGGUGAAGGGCUCAAGGGCAGAGGGAGCAUGGUUAAGGGCUCAAGGGCAGAGGGAGCAGGGUGAAGGGCUCAAGGGCAGAGGGAGCAGGGUUAAGGGCUCAAGGGCAGAGGGAGCAGGUUAGGCAUAUAUCAAGUUCCAAAGUCCAACACUUCCAAAGUCCUGACUAUAGGCAGUUGAGUGCAGAACAGGGCUAGGAAGGGGCUGGUUCUUUUGCAGUAGUAAAUGUCUGUCAUCUAUUACCUGAGGAGUGCUUUUGAACCUGGAUACUCCUGUUUAAGGUUAAACUUGUACAGUUUAAACGUAUAUGUUGUACAGAAUGUGGUAAAAUUAGUGCCAGGAGCUUCAUGGAUUGUGAGUUGCAGGUGCAGUGAUAUCAUGAUUAUUUCUUUGUGCUCUCAGUUAAGCUGUACAGAGCUCUCUAUAUAUGACGUUAAGUGUUUUUAUUCAAUGGAAAUGUGACUUUGUGAAACUGCUGUUUUUGUGUUUGUUCUGCGGGUGUGGACAUCGGCAUUGGCGUCUCGCUGGGCGUGACACGCAGACCUGCCAGUCUCUGUUAUCGGGGCAGCACAGUGGUUCAUGUUCUCUGCCAGUGGGGAAGUGAAAAGACCUAAGUAAAAGGGGAUGACUAGGAAGGGUAGGGAGGGGCUGUCCCUGGUGGACUGCCGAGAAGGCAGGGUGCUACGUUGACGAGGUCCUCCAAACGAACAGGGAUGCCUCGAUAGACAGUAUGGCUACUGGCCCUGCUUGGGGAGAGAAUGAGAAAAAUUUGAGAAUGUUCCUUUGAAACCCCUAGCCAUACAGAAUACUAGCUCCCCUGUAAAGCCCAGAGAAACCUUACGAGCUGCGUGGACAAAAUCAGAAGUGUCCAGCAAAGAGCUGUCGACACUUCAGCUCCGCUUCAUGUCUUAUCUAAACCCUGUGUUGUGUAGAGAUGGAGGGGUUAUAGCGCCUCCCGCAGGGCGGCACGCCUCUGCCACUGACAGUUUUCUGUGUAACAGCGAUGCCACACGAAUAGAGGCACUAUAGUGUAUGCUGACACCUCACUGUUGUAGCUCUCCCUAUUCCUGUGAAUUAAAGGACUUCUGAAGUCAGGUAGAUCUCUCGUUGACUAAAACUCCUUGGUGUGUGUGUGUAUAUGUGCCAAUUACCUUUCAUGCUGUGCUCUUUCAUUCAUCCAGCUGUAAUAUCGCCCAAAAGGGAUCUCUGUUUUAUGAGUAUUUAUUCAUUUUCCCCCCUUUUUUGUAUUUUCAUUUUGGGGAAAUAAUUAAACAGAUGUUGCCUCUUG